UCAGACGAAUGUAAACAAAAGUGCCCUUCAAGACUGUUGAAGGCUCGUUGAAUUGUGACAGAAAUCAGUUAAAUUGGGCUGAAACUCGGUCCACAUGGACCCGUACAACAGCCAGCAAAGCGUAGCAGCACAGCAGCCAGUCAACCCUUUUGAUGGUCGCUCUGGGCCGUACAAAUUUACUGCCGACGAAGUGAGAGUUUUCAAGGAAUGCAACCGAGAGAGCUUUUAUCAAAGGUCGCUGCCCAUCGGCACUUUUCUUGGACUAGGAGCAUUUUACGCUACUAAAGCUGGAUUCCUGAAACCUAGUCCACGGUGGGGAGUAGCGCCCAAGGUCGGUCUUGCAGUCAUCGCCGGCUACUUUCUUGGCAAAAUCUCUUACCAAAAGCAGUGCAUGGAGAAAAUCAUGAAACUGCCCAACAGUCCUCUUGCAGACGCGCUUAGGAAGAAAAAGAACCAAUUAGGAGAUUCGUUCAGCUUCGAUUCGGGCCUGAGCCUGGGAGCAGGACCUACGACGGGCCUUGUGGCCGACUCCUUCCAGGUCUACUCGGACCACGGCCCCAGGAAUAGCACAGAACUCGACUUCACCAAGCCACUCACGUCUAUCGACACGAGUCAGAAGCCUUUCGAUGACGGCUACCUCAUGGAAGAUCCCCUCCCAGCGGCCACAAAAACGACAACUUAUGAAGACCUGAGGGCGCAGAACCGGGAAGACUUCGAAAAGAAGCGAUCGUCGUCAAACAGGGGGUUGAUGCUGCAGCCAGAUUUGCCCGCAGCCUCUAGAGGUCCUCCGCCACCUGCACCUGGCGAGCAAACCAACCAAUAUGGUGAUACGUGGAUUCGGUCUACUUAGGUUUAAGUGAUACUCAUUGUUAAAAUGAAAAUUAAAAUUGUUUGUUUU